UUUGUGAUCUAAAUUUCUUUUGGAUCCAACAGUUUUAGAGAAAGCUGUUGUUGUCUGUGAGAAAUGGACCCACCACCCUUUAUUUGAUACAUAUACUGCUAAAUGUAUCAUCUCAUCUCAUCUCAUCUUCAUAGUGCAUCAAUGGCAACCACACCCUUUCCUCUCCAUUGAAGCAUUAUGCAAAAACAAAAUGUAAACCAAAUGUAUGUCCCAUUUUUUGUACUAAAGACGCGUUAAACCCAAUUCUCUCUAUCUUCCUCCACUGUCUCUUUAUCCCCUCCAUAAAGAUAAUCUUUCAAUCAUGGAGAAAGUAGAAGGCUCAUCAAUGGUGGUAUCAUCUGCUUCACCUUCUUCCUCUCCUUCCCAUGAAUUCUCUUUCACAAUUUGUCUCCACUCUUCUUCCAAUACAGCCAAAGCCCCACCGUCUUCCAUCGCCGUUGAUUUGACACCGGCCGAUGAUAUAUUCUUCCACGGUCAUUUGCUCCCUCUACACCUCCUUUCUCACCUCCCGGUUUCCCCACGUUCCUCCACCAACUCAUUGGAUAGCUUCACGCUUCCCAUAAGGGAGCUUUAUGAUGACCCGAAGCCGGAAAAAAGCAGAAAAAGCGAAAGCAACAUUAGGAGCAUCAAUGGCAGACCAGUUAACGACAACAACAUGGAAUCAACGGCAAGAGAGAAAUCCAAGUCGUUCUCGUUGUUUAGUUUCACAAGGCGGCAAAAGGGACGAGUCGACGUUGAGCACAAAGAGAAGAAGCAUAAGAAGAAAAAUAUGAGAUUCGACGUCAGUCAUCUGUUGAAAAGAUACGUAAGGAUGGUACGGCCUUUGUUGUUCUUCAAAGGGAAGAGAGAUAAGCUCCAUGUCCAUAGGCAAGCUUAUUCAUUUUCGGGUAAUUUAGGUUUGAGAAACAACGAGGAAGAUGAGUUUAUCAGAGGAAGGAGAGGAGAGUAUCAGUCGGCUCCGGCGUCGAUGUGGACAUCUCCGACAAACAGUGGUCUACUUGUUGCAACAACAGGGUUUGCUUCUUCAACAAGUGAUAGCACCAUGGAAGAGUUGCAGGCUGCAAUUCAAGCUGCCAUUGCUCAUUGCAAGAACUCCAUUAGAGGGGAAGAUAAAACUUAAAUGCUAGGCAGCUAAUUUUUCUGUGUAUAAAAAGGUGACCUAUAAAGAAGUAUGGAAUUAGUUUAGGGGGUAUUGCUUUAAUAAAUUUCUACAUCUUAGAAUCCAAA